CUAGGCCCAAAUCUAACAUCCAUUUUAUGAAGGGUUUAAUCUUUCGCUUUAUGGGCUUCAAAACGCUGUGCAGGGUAAACUCUCAUCCUUUUAUUUAUAUAUAUAUUUUUUAUGUUCUAUAUUAAUAACUAGUUCUAUGGGGCUUGAAUACCCUUACAAACCCCGCCUACAAAAUCCCGUCAUAUCAUCAGAUCAUGCAUCGUACGGCCUUGUACCUUAUCUGCUCUUGUUCUAUGGCUAAGCCAGCCAAUUUAUUGGUCAACGGACUAAGUGAUUAGCAAUCAUAGAAUCCCACAAGGUAGCCAAGUCAUAGUUACGAUAUCUCUUUUGAUUUGCGGCAUAACCCAUGAAACGCACGCAUAACCACAAUCGUCAAAUUUACCCAAAUGAUGAUGGGUGUCCUUGUAGUAAACAAGACAACCCAUGACACAUAAAUGAUCAUAACUAGUAGAUUUGCCAAAUAUUUCUUCAUAAAGGGCUUUGCUCGUGGCCUUCGUAGACAACUUGGUAAUCAAAUAGGUCGCGGUGAGAAUACAUUCGCCCCUAGAAAACGGAUUGGGAGAGAUGCCUUAAACGUGAGUGCCCAGGCUAUUUCAAGGUGUUGGCGAUGCUUAUGCUCCACGAUGCCAUUUUGUUGAUAUGUGUCUAUGCACGUCAUUUGAAGUAGAAUCCCUGUUUGUUCAUAGUUCGCAGUAGUGUCAUAUUGAAUUUCAGCUUGUUAUCUGCCUCAAUCCGCUUAACAUCUUUACCAAACUGAGUACGAACAAGCUGACAGAAUAACUUAAUGUAGUGACCAACCUUAGACUUGAACAAAAUAAGAUAAACCCUAACACCCCGACUAAAAUAAUCAACAAUGGUGAGAAAAUAAUGAGAUCCACUGAAAGAAGGAGUUUGAUAUGUUCCCCAAAUACCCAUGUGCAACAAUUCAAAUCAAUAACUAGUCUAAAUCGAGCUAAUAGGAAAAGGUGUAUGAACUUGUUUUGCUCUAGAACAAGAAUGACAAAGUUCAUUUGAAGAACGAGAUGAAAAGAAAGAUACUUCCCAAGCCGGGACAUGAUUGUGGUUGAAAGAUGGCCUGUGCUUUCAGACACCCAAACAACCUCAGAUACUACAACCCAUCGCGGAUCUCCCCCUUCUCAAUCACGCUCUUGGAGAGUAAGUCCUAUAUCACUCAAAAAUCACCAAGGAAAAUUAGAGCAACAUGAUGCUCUUGACAUAGUUUGCUCACGGAUAAUAGAUUGCAUUAAAAAUUAUGGAACAUGCAAGACACGACUCAACCUCAACCCAUCAUUGAGUUGCACCGAACCAACACGUUUGAACGAGAAUACUUUGUCUAUUUGGAAUGAGAACCGGCUGACAAUAACAUGAGUUGUGUGUGACUAAGAGGGACCCAUCCAUAAUGAUGUGUUCAUUGCAGCCCGAGUCUAUUAGCCAUUCGAGUUCAAGAGUAAAAGAAGACGUAACAGUCAUGUUACUCGUAGGAUCAUAAGCUGCUUGACUUGCUCCUGAGAAGAAGCAUUUCAGCUGAUCAAGUUGCUGCAAGGUAAAGCCAGUGACUGGACUCAAAUCUGCUUGAGGCUCUUGAGCUUGACCAUUAUCACGCAUGGCAUCCCAACCAAAUUAAUCAAUAUAACAUCACAUUAUCAUUAAGUGAAUUUUCCCCCGGUUAAUGCGUCAAUUCGCAAAUGAUAAAUACAUGCAACUAAUACAAUUAUCUUAGAGUUAAUAGAAAUAUUCACUUAACAAAAAUAUAUGUCAACGUUAUGAUGUUAAUGAAGUGUUGUAUUUGUGUGAAUUGACUCAGUCUCUUAGCAAUUAUCAUAGGCUGAAAAAGACCUUCCUUUCAUGUUUUCAUUCAACACAAUGUAAGAUUUUAUCUAAAUUAAGCAUCCAUAUGUUGUGGUCUACACUCUACAAUUACAAAUAUACAACAUAUGAACAAUAUUAAGUUUUAGUUUUUAUAAGUCUAAAAGGGAGGAAAAUUUGACUGGUUAUGCAAAUUAUUAAGUAUAUGUAUAUAAUAUAUAUUAGAUAUAUGACUAAUUUGGUUUGACUGGUUAGGAGUGUCUAAAACCAAACCAAACCAAAUCACCUAAACUAAACAAGCUAAAAUGUUUAACCAAACCAAACCAAUUAUCCAAAUAUAUUAUCGAUUAAAACGAUUAUCAGGGUAACCACACCAUUUAAACAGUGUGUUCCCAUCCGCACCAAAUCAUAUAUCUAAACGAUCUAGUUUCACUGCAUUCAUUAAAUUUUGAUCUAAUAUGCGAGGCGGUCCAAAUGACAUGCUUUCCAGUGCGGUGCGGUAACUUGCCCACCCCUAGGUCCGCCCGAGGAGGACGGAGAGGCGUCCGUGGGCAGGAGAGACGUCGUGGAAGGAUGUCAAUCCAACCCGUAACCAUGGGUACCCUACCCGACCGUAACCGGUCAACGAGGGUAAUUACCCGCUUUGACGGGUUAAGGGGCGGGUACGGGUAAUACCCGGUUUCAAAAUAAAGGAUAGGGUACGGGUAUGGUAAUCGAUAAUAUCCGCCCCGUUAUACCCGCCCCGCUAACCAAUGGGUCAAUUUCCCUUGAUAAAUUUAUUUUAGCUUGAGAAAUUGAGUUUAGCUACCAUUAUUGAUGAUGAAGAUGUAGACGAUUAUUAUGUUUGUGUGGAUUGUAGAAGCAAGAACAAUUAUUAUGUGUUUGCUGUUUUUAUUUGUGUGGAUUGUUGAAGCUAGAACAGUUACAAGUAUUGAGAAUUUUUAAUGGACAAUAGUAUGUAUGUGCAUAUAUGUGUAUAAGUUCAUAGUUUAGGAUUCGUACCCAUGGUUACCCGAAUAUCCGUGAUUACCCAGUGGAUAGAGUAUGAUUAUAUAAUUUUCAUACUCGGUAGUUAUUUGAUCGGGUAUUUUAGAAAGCUCUACUCGGCGGGUUAGGAGUUGGUAUAGGGUAAACCAAACUCGAACCUACCCAUUGCCAUACCUAAAAAUGAGAGGUGAAGGAGCACCGCUCGUACAUAUUUGAAUGGAUAAGACACGGUUGUUUGUGGUGACUGGCGGCGUCCAAAUUCCCCCGUCGUCUUGCCGCUCACUAUGCUUCCUUCUCUAAUCUUCCGUCAGUCAAUUUUAGCUUGAGAAAAGCCGGUGGGGAAAUCACUCACCGGAAUCAAUUUUUUCUUGUUCUUCCGGUUAGUGUAUGCAGCAAGAGAAAUGAAUAUUCAAGCUCGACUCCGAUCCAUCAUCACCGAUCCCUCCCUGCGCUCCUCGUCUCCGUCUCCAUCUUCUCAUUCCCACCACCAUUGUUAUCAAUCUUCCAGCCGCCGGUGCUCUCUUUUCGCUCCACCUCACUGUUCCAGAAACCCCCCUCCACCACCUCAAAACGGCGACGGUCAGGGUGAUAAAUCCUCGACCGACUGGGACAAGGCUUGGUCCAAGUUCAAGAAGCAGGGGAAGAAAACCUUGUUCUCACAGUUCUCCCCAAACAAGUAUGUGACGUGGAACCCCAAGCCUUCAGACUACCCUCUGUCGGAAGAGGUCGAUCCCAUCAAGAGAACUGAGAGGUCAAACCUCAGGCUGUGGACGAGUCCAAGGUUCACCCUCGUUGGAGCCAUUGUCAUAGUUUCCUUCCUUCUCAUCUACACCAUUCUUGUGCCACUCAAGUGACUUGACUUGACUUGAUCCAGCCAGAAGAAGCACUAUCCAGAACAGGGGGAUUUGUAAAUCAUACCAUAAUGUAAAUGCGAGGAUUAAAAGCAGACUGUGUAAUCUCUUACUGUUCUCUGUGUUGAUUAGACAAUGUAAAGCUUUGAUUAAGCGUAUUCAGCUGCUGCCGUCCAUAUGUGGUUCGAGACUUUGAAUACUGAUUUGCAGGUCUUCCCCCCCGUCGGGUAUAUGGUUGGCUUGGUACUAGUAUCAUGAAAGUAUCCAACUUCACCGAUUCAAUACAAUCCAUCCACUUAAAUAUCUAAUUAAUCCAAUCAAUUCGAAUGCAAUUCUUUUGAUCCAAAUCCAGUUGGAUUCGUGGAUUCAUGUAUCAUUGGCAAACUACAGUUUAGUAUGUGUAUUUUUGUAUAUUACAAUUUGAUACCUAAAAUUUACUUUUUAAUGGAAAAUAUCAUUGAAAAUUUACAUUUUGGUACCUAAUUUUUAUUAUUAUGACAUUUUAAUACCUAGACCUUUUGAAAUUAACAUAUUGGUCCAAUGUUUAGAUGUCACAUGGGUUCAUGAACAAACGCACCAAUCCAAAUGAUACAAUCCAUGAAUCCAUAAAUACAUUUGAUCCAUGGACCCACCAAUCAAAUCUACUAAUCCAUUUGCCACCUCUACUUCCAUACCAAUCAGAGAUUCUAUUUCAGAGAGGGAAAAGGCGGAAGAUGAAGACUGAACAUAACGAGAAAGACGAUAGAGCAAAAGACUCGACGACGUCUUCAAUUAAUUUGGGAGAAGUACUUGGGCAUUUGGUAAGAGGUUGGCCUCAAUGAUAACAAACUGAAACGGAAAGGACUGGGCUGAAGAUGCCUUGUAGACGAGCUUAAAUAACAAUUUGUGAGAGUUGAAUUGUCAUCGUCAAUUCCACAAUAUUGCUCUUGUACCCGUGCUUUGUUUACCCAGACCUUAAGCAAUGAAAUAAGAUGAAAAAUAAGAGUAGAGCCACAACAACAGAAAUAAUCAAGAUUUUGUACCUGCUACAACCUCAGCAAAAUCCGAUAAUCUGCCUCUGAUUGUUGAGCCCCUUUGCAAAGCCAAAGCCCUCUACCACUUUUCAACACAAAAUUGCACUCGUCUCCUACAACUAUGAUGAAUAUAUAGGAGGAAUGUAGUUGUUAGAAGGCACAUGAAUUCAAAACAAUACCAGCUCCAAAACAACAAUUUUAAACAAUAUUUGCCCCGUUGUCAUCGAUAUCGGCAUCCUCGUCAUCUGAUGAUAAAGGUGCAAGAUCGAUCUCCCCUUCAAUCGCAAGCUCUAGUUCUUGGAUGAUUUUAUCCAAGAAAAGAAGAGAGAAGGUUCAAUAGUGCGAAAGGCAGACAAAAAAUGUCACGACAAAGUAGGAGACGAGAAAACUGUCAAACAAUAAGGGUCCAAAAAAAGUGGCAUCUCGAAAAAUCAGAAAAGUGCCUAACAGAAGGUGUGAGAAGUUGAGCGGUACAUUGGUAGUGGCAUAAGCCAGGACCAUAGACUAAAGGGAGUACUCUAUCUAGAUCUUCAAAAUGAGGAAGGAACACUAUGGUAAGAACAUAGUGGAAAACACAAAGCCAAGUCUGAAGAAGAUUCACACGAACAAAGUAAGUAGAUGAUGGACGAUGGUCAGUGAUACGAGGAAAUUUUGAAAGGAAUGUUAUAAUCGUACUGCCAUAGCUCAGGCCUCUGAAUGAUGUGACAGAGAUUCUCCGAUGGGGGGAUUAUCAAGAAAAUGACCUAAAUCAUAUAUUGAAAUAGUGAACAUUACUAUCAUGUAUUCAAUUAUUCUAUAGUUGGUAUGUUCAUCCCACCACGAUACCCUUUUAUACUACACUAGAUAAUUGGCCCGCGCUUUGCUGCGGGUAAUCUAAACAAUUACUUUUAUAUCAAAUUAAAUUUAAUUCGAUAAUUUUUAUUGGAUAUAAAUUGAUUUCGUUUGA